UGUACACAAAUACUCUAAACGAGAUGGGAGCCAUUGAAAUUAGUAGCGCUGAGCUUCUGCAAGCCGAGGCCGAUCUCAUUCGCCACUCCCUAGGCUACCUCAAGUCCAUGGCAUUGCAUUGUGCUGUCAAGCUUGGAAUCCCUGAUGCUCUCCAGCGCUGCGGUGGCAGCGCCUCCUUGGCUGAGCUGCUUGCUACCCUCCGCAUCCCUCAAACCAAACAGCCCUACCUAUCGCGCCUCAUGAAGGUGCUAGCCAUGGAAGGACUACGCUUUGUCAGCGUUACAAACGGCGACGUGUACCACCUAAACACGCUGUCUCGACUCCUCAUCAGCGACGAGGGCAGCCACGCGUGGCGGAUGUCGCCGUGCGUGAUGCUAUCAACCACGCCGCAGUUCAUUGGAUCCGCUCUGCGCCUGGGGCAAUGGUUCCAGAGUGAGGGCGACGGCGAC